GUGCGGUGGAAGUUUGGCUUUGGCAGCCCAUUUCUUUCCGGGAGCUCGACCUGUAUGGCACGGUGGCUUUCAUGGCCUAUCAGAAGCUCACAGAGCCAUGCCUCACCAUCGACGGGGCCACCACCCUGCACCCGGGCGCGGCUGUCAGGAUCAUCGGCUGCCAGAACCGGCACAGACCCAGGUACACCGACAAGGACAGGACCAAGAUGAGCUUCGAUCCCUGCACGUGGGCCCGCGGGGGCGCGCUCCACGCUGGCGGGGACCUCACCAUCGAAGGCGCCCACCUCGAAAUCAGCGGGUCCUCCACCACAAGUUGUGGCGGUGCCAUCUACGUCGCAGGCUUCUUCAACCUUGCGGGCAGCAGCAUGCUCAUCCACCGCUCGCAUGCGGGCUUUGAUGGCGAUGCGGGAGGUGCCCUGUAUGUGGUUGGCAACCUCACCGUGGCCAACGCCACUCUCGAGGUCUCAACAACGCACGCUUUCAGGGGAGGUGCGCUGCACAGCAACCACCACAUCAACGUCGUGAACUCGACACUUGCGGUGACCAACGCCCAGGCAGAGUUCGGAGGCGCGCUGUCCGCCUUUGGUAGCCUGCAGCUGGCCCACGCCAGCGUGACGCUCAGCCACGUGCAAGCGGGCCAUUCCGGAGGCGGGGCGCACUGCGGACGCGUGACGGUGGCAGAGAGCGACCUGACCAUCAGUCACGCGGAGGCCCAGUACGCAGGAGGUGCCUUCUAUGCCUUCAGAGACGUGCAGUUCCUUAGCGGCCACAUCUCCAUCGACACUGUCUUCGCUGGCCUCGGAGGUGGCAUUUACGCAGAGCAGACCUACAGCCAGCACCUGGGAAGGCUGGACAUGUUUCGCGUCGCGGCGAAAGGGCGAGGUGCUGGCAUCUACGCAGGACGCGUCGAGGCGGCCGAGGCAGAGCUGAUGCUCCAGGGGACCAUGCGGGGCUCCGCCGUCUAUGCGGAGAAGCUGCUGCGCUUCCGGAAGGUGAACUGCUCUGCGGCCCCCGGCUGCGUACUGCGUGCCUUUGAGAAGGUCUUGAAGGUGGGGGAGCUCUUCUGCCACCGUGGCGAGGGCUUUCUGAGGCGGACGACCUCCCUGCGCUGCCACCCCUGCCCUGAACAGACCACGCGCUUGACGGGGGACGCCACCCUCCCGUGUACACAGUGCCCAGAAAUCCCGAGGAUACCGAUCAGCUGUGAGCCGGCGAAGGUCGCGCUCCCGGCAGGUACCAUGGUGAACAUCAAGCUGAACGCCGUCGUCUCAGAGAAUUCGCGCGAGCCGUACAACCUUACCGACCUCACCGAGUGGUAUUUCUGCCCAAAUCGGCAGGCCUGCCCCGGGGGAAUCAUCGAGGCAGGUCGCUGGCCCGGGGAGGCACCCCGAAUUCAGGACAUGCCAUGCCGGAAGGGAUUUUGCGGGCGAGGGUGUGUUCACUGUGACAGCGGCAGUGGCUUCGCCCGGUCGGACAGCGACGUGCUGCACUGCAUCAAGUGCGCAGACAAGGUGAUGGUGUACAUCCUCAUGCGCCUGGCCAGGGACGUGGGCUUCUUCACCUUCGCAGCCGUCAGAGGAUUCCUGCCAGACUACCCCUCCCCUCACUAUCCCUGGUCGGCGGUGUCGAAGACAGAGGCCAUGGCGAAGCUGGCUCCCACGAGCUUCGCGGCUUGUGGUAAGGAGUUUUCGCCAUUUGUCAACCGAGGCUUGCUGUGGUUCUUCGUGGCGGAGGAGAACGAGUCUCUGUCCGCAGAGUGCCUACUGCGCCACUUCGGCUACCCCCAGGAGCUCUACCUGGUGCACUUGAUGUCCUCGGUGCUUCCUGCAGUGUUGGUCGGUGGCUGGCUGGCCGCCGUGGUGGGGACCAACGUCUUCCUCCCGAGCUUCUCUGCGGCCUUCGGGAAGUACUUGGUCUCUUAUCGAGUCCGACCGGAAGCUUACCAGGAUUAUCAACUUGGCUUCCUACCUCCCCUUGGUCUACAGCCACACACCACGGUGGCCGUGAUCGCGUCGGCCAUCACCUGCUGCUUCUUGAUAGGUCCAGGAAGCUGGAUCUACGUGCUGCGAAGAAGACACCACUGGAAGGACCCACCUCAUGUUCGCUACCUGAUGAGCGAGUAUAGGACGGGCUGCUCCGCCUGGGAGGCAGCUCAAAUGUGGAUGGUGAGCUUGGUCUUGCUGUCUUCCACUGCUCUCUACCACUGGUUCUCGCCCUACAAGGACCCCAACCGGAACCACUUCGAGUUCGCGCUCUUGCUGGCCGCCCUGGCCAUGAUCGGGCUUACCUCUCUCCUCCUCACAAACGACCUGGAUUGGGCCAGCAGCCUCUACACGGAGCUGUGCCUGAUUGGCGCAAUCUGCACGCUGGCCUUUGGCAUCAUCACCUUCAUGAUGAUCUUCCUGGCCUGGGCCUUCUACAAGGAGCUUUUGGAGUGGAAG